GCCCGGAUAGCUCAGUCGGUAGAGCAUCAGACUUUUAAUCUGAGGGUCCAGGGUUCAAGUCCCUGUUCGGGCGGUAUUUGUUUUUUCUUUUUCUCUGCGUAACACAACAGUUACAACGUAGAAUUUGCCAAACAUGAAGGUAAAGCUCUAAUGUCAAUGUUGUUAGCAGUUUCAGUUAUUCCAAUAUUUAAACAAUAGCUUUACUUUUCCAACCUGUAACGAAUCACGACGUGAACAUUUUGGACAUGGAGCAGCCGUUUUUGUUUUUACCGAAGAAACCCAGACGGACUGCUAAAAUAGAUAAUUCACACACAAAUUCCGAAGUCCAUUUAAGACAGAUAAAUAUCGAAUAAUUUAGAUACAGACGCACAGCGUUCGUUCUUCCAGACAAAUGUUCCACGGCUUCUGACAUCACGUGUUUGGUAACUGUUGUAUAUCGGUUUGACUGAAUAACUUUGAUAACACUACCUGUCUGGUUAUAAUAAUAAUAAUAAUAAUAAUAAUAAUAAUAAUAAUAAUAAUAAUAAUACAACAGUAAAGGCCCUGUAUGUAAAUAGUGGUAAUAAAUUAUAUAAACUCUCCAAAUUAAUUUACAUGUUUAUAUGAUCCAUAUAUAUGUACUGUUUGUCAGUUAAUGCAAUUAUAAAUUACAAAAGGAAUCUAAGGGAUCUUUUUUUAAUAAGAAAAAGACCUGAUUCCAAGGGGCCCAAAUAACAGAGCCAUGGACCCAUAUCAAGCUGUGGUUAAUUUAGCUUCAGCCCACACAGAACAAAUAAUACAUAAUAAAUUGUUUUAUUUUGAUUCCUCUAUAUGACAUUACAAUGUAAUAAUGAUAUAAAUCUAAGUACAAAAUAUAAUGAUAUUAGCAUUACAUUAUAUGUAAUAACUAAGCGGAUGAAACUCACAGAGAGGGGAUGCUUUCUAGCCAAUCACAGCUACUGGGUUGGAUUACAACCCACCAACCACUCUAUGUGAUUGUUCUGACAGGGUUCAGUGGCAGUGAAUGCAAGUCUAUAGUUUGUCUUUACGUUCAGGCAGAGGACAGUAAACAUGCUCUCCGCUCCAAGUGCUCUUUCACCAGGAUUUUGGUUUGUUGUUUUGCUGACAGCACACAUCUCCAGUGUGGACUUAUCUAUUGCGCCUGAAGAUGCCCGUCUGGCUGAGGCCAGCGGCCGCUGCUCUGGUGUGGUGGAGAUUAAACAUCGUGGAGAGUGGAGAUUUCUGCACAUCAAGGAGAAACACAGCAAGUACAUGAAGAUCAAGUUUGCGGCUGUGCUGUGCAGACAGAUGGACUGUGGCUCGUUACUCUCCAUCAAGUUCAGCACCAACAGCUCUGAGGCCAGAGCAGCCUGGGAGCUCAAUUUCACAUGCCAAGGCUCAGAGGCCAGUCUGAGGGAGUGUGACAGCGAGGUGACCCGGAGCAGAGUGCACAGCGUAGACUCCUCCACCUCCAGUCUGGACUUGGUCUGUGCAGAGUCGGUCAGGAUGGUAGAAACAUCACCCCUGUCUUGCAGCGGCACAGUGGAGGUGAGGUCAGGUCAUGGUUGGCUCCCUGUGUGUGAGGAAGGUCUUACCUCCUUUGCUCAAAACCUGGUCUGCAGCGAGCUGGGCUGUGGACCUGCAGAUUCUUCAAGAACCUCAUCUGAACAAAAAAUCGAAUCAGUUUUGACCAAGCAGUUCUUCUGCCAACAAAACGAAUCUCGUCUCGAGGAGUGCACCAGUUCCACACGUGACAACUGCCGACCGAUCUCUAGGAUCAACUGCUCUCCUGAAGGUGUGCAGCUGAGGCUAGUUGGGGGAGAAAGCAGCUGUAGAGGAAGACUGGAGGGGAAGAAGGAAAGAGAGUGGAUGCCCCUGACCGGCUGGAGAUUCUUUGAACCAGAAAACACACACCGUGCCUGCCACAUGCUGGGCUGCGGAGAUACCAUUGCCGCAGCCAGAUCCGCUCUGUCCGCCAGGCAACGAGUGUGGCAGUUUGACUGUUACGACAGAAGAUCUUCAUUCUGUUCACGAUGGGAUCAUUACAUCAGCGACAAUGGCAUAACCCUGACCUGUUCAGAUUCUGUCAGACUGAAAAACAGGGGCUACAAAUGUCAAGGGGAGGUCCUGGUGAAGUCCGACGAUGCCUGGGUUCCGGCCUGUAGUAACUUCUUUUCUCGUGACGACGCCCACGUGGUCUGCAGAGAUUUGGGCUGUGGGUUCGCAGAUUCUCAUUAUUCACAUAUGGGGAACAACAGACACGCAGAGAUGAUCUGGGCUCCUGAGUUCAGGUGUGAAGGAACAGAACCGGGCCUGGCCCACUGUCCUUCAGCUGCUCUCAAUGCCUCACACACACAACUGAGAGAGUGUGAAAAUGUUCAGGUGACGUGUUUAGUCCAACCCCGAGUUCCACAUCUUUACCUCAGAAGUGUACAGCAGCAGGACCAUUUCCACAAAGGGCGUCGCUUCACCAUCAUCUGCACUCAUGACUUCCCCCGGGUUGUCACCUUUCGCCUAUCUGCAGAGAAUAAUACGGUCCUGCAAACAGUGCCCCCCAAUGGUAAGGGGCAAGGAGUGUUCAUCUUUCCUGCUGAAGCUGCUACUGGCCAGAUAACCUUUAAGUGUGAUUACAGUUACGACUUCAGUCCCGAGCUGUUCUCAGAGAAAGCCAGGAUCAGUGUCGAAGCAAAAGAGCUUCCUGAUGUGAGGUUAGUAGGAGAAGGCGGCCUCUGUCUGGGAAGGCUAGAAGUGCAGAACGAGGAACAGUGGAGACCAGUGAGCCACCAACACUCCUGGACCAUGAAGGAGGCAGGUGUGGUCUGCAGACAGCUGGGCUGCGGCUUGGCAGCUCUCACCAAGAGAGUUGACCUGGGGGCUCACCUACAGUCCGUGUGGCGUUUCUUCUCUGACUGUCAGGGCUCAGAACCUUCCCUGAUGGACUGUGGCAUAGUGAAGAAGUGGGUCGCCUCUGCUGGGGUCGAAGUGAUCUGCUCAGACAUUCUGCUUCAGCCCAACAUCACCUUUUACUCUGGGCUGGGGGUGGAGCAGCAGAAGGACAUCUGGGUCUUCAGGGGUCACAGCUUCACCGUCCACUGCUCCGCUGAGCCUCAGUAUCCUGACGGUCACUUUAGCCUCAUCUUCAUCGGCUCCAACCAGACCCACACUUUCAGCCAGCCUGCUGUCGACCACACUGCCCUCUUCAAGUUCCCCACAGCAGAACUGCUCCACCAGGGCAACUACACCUGUGUUUACCACAACUCCAUCUUCAGCCAGAACUUUUCUUCUCCUCAGAGUGAAAGCGUCUUCCUCACUGUCACAGAUAAUGACAGUCUGUGGCUGUAUAAUGAAGAUGAGGAAGUAGAAGAAGGACAGCUGGUCUGUGCCGGGCAGGUGAUCGUAGGCCACCCGAUGCCUUUGCCCCUGAGCGCAGACUCCACUGUCUGGGACAUGAAGCACGCUGCCAUCGUAUGCAGGCAAUUGGGCUGCGGCCCACCUGUCUCCACCAGAGCCGUGGCUUUGACGGACUUGACCAGCGUGUGGCAUUUUUUCUCCGACUGUGACGGAAGUGAGUCUGUGCUACUGGACUGUGGAGCCACCAGACAAUGGUUCUCUUCUUCAGUGGUGGAGGUGGUGUGUGCUGAGGGGCUCAAACAGCAAAGAAAGAAGCAGAGGUUUGAUCAGCGCUGAGUGCAGCUGCGCCACGAAGUCUUCAGAUCAAGUCACUUUUGGUUUUAUGGCAGAAGUUUGUUGAAAAUGUGUGGAGUGUCUUUUCAACUGUCUUUGUCUCUGUCCUCUACCUUAAGUAAAGUAAAAUACUUGUAAGGCCUAUUAUUGUCCUCUCACACGCACAAAGUCUUUGUCACUUCAAUUUUGUAUCUUUGCAAUAAAUUGUCAGAAUGUUUUUUUUACCUUUAAGACCAUAUUUCAAACACUUCUUUCACGUCUUUCUGAAACUCUGUUUCUCCAUUUUUAACUCUGCACCUGAAUUUUGCUUUGGAUUCUUGUAAAAACAGUUUUGCUUUUGCAGAUUCUUAAAAAUACAAUACAGCUGUGA